GCACGCGCUCUUAGCGGUUCCGGGAGUAGGUGGGAUUCACUUCCGGCAGCAGGCGUUGAAGUCAUGGUCACGUGGGCCAGCAACGGCGAUAACUAAAACUCACUGAACACUCGCCGAGCAUCAAGUGCAUUUGAAGGGUUUAAAACCAUCAUCACAUUCAGUAUAUUUUGGAUCCCCAUUUUGAAAGAUGAAGAAACUGGGGCCCAGAGAGGUGGAGUAAUUUGCCCAAAGAUCCACAGCUGGUGACUGUAGGAGUCGGGAUUGGAACCCAGAUCUGACUUCACCGCCCAAAGUAUCUUUCACUGCACUAUUCGAGGUGUGGAACUGUGCAUCUCAUAAAACCCUUGUGCUACGGGUUGACGCCUCCCUCCUCCUCCGUUCUACCCCAUUCCUCAAUUUAGGCCAAGUAAACAGCUUUUCCCUUCGGACCCCAAGAUGACGCUUUAACCUGACCGAGAAUUGGGAAGUUAUUAUGAUGAAUAUCUUGCGGAUUUGUUCCCCACUAGGACAUUGAUUGAGUUUCCUGCUUGGGGAAAUGUCACACAGGCUGUGGAUCCAGUGCCAGCCCAGAGUUGGCCCUCCCAAGGUAUUUGUUGAAUGAAUGAAGGCUGCGCCUCCUUUCCUAUACCUACUUGAGCUGUCUGGAGGAAAGAGGACCGGAUUAAAAGUCAGACUCUGCCCCACUCACUGGCUGUGUGUCUUUGGGUAAAUUUCUUACCUUCUCUGGGCUUAGUUUCCUCCGUAGAAGUAGUGGUUCCCAUUGCAAACAGCUUUUGUGAAGAUCACGUGAGGUAAAGCAUCUGGCUUUACCUUUCUUUCCGUCUCUGGCAGUGAUGCUGGCCUCACAGGAUUGGUGGGAGCCUCCGUGUAAGAUGCUUUGCAGCUGUUCCUUGUGUGAUUAGCAUGGUUGAGUUCCAUGAGAGAAAUGGUCUCCCUGUCUCCCUUUCAGGCUGCCUUCCUCCGAGCUGUGCCGCGGUCGCCAGGGCCAGCUGCAUGGGGAAGGGCUCUCCACGGGCUGUGGUGCUGCAGUGGGCAGGAUCCUAGGAGGUGGGUGGGAAGCAGGCCACCAGCCUCCAAGGAGAAGCCACCCGGCACAGAGACAGAGACAUUUCAGAUGGUGUACCGGUUUGAUGCCAUCAGGGCUUUCGGGUACUUGUCUCGGCUGAAGGUGGCACAGACGGCCCUGACGGUGGUGGCCUUGCCGCCUGGCCUCUACUGGUACUCCCAGGGCCUCAUGACCUUCAACUCCCUGUGCCUGGCGGGCGGGAUUGCUGGCUUUGCCCUGGCCAUGUUGUGCUGGAUGAGCCAUUUCUUCCGGAGGCUGGUGGGCAUCCUGUAUGUGAACGAGUCGGGCACCAUGCUGCGGGUGGCCCACCUGACCUUCUGGGGCCGGCGACGGGAGACAUACUGCCCUGUGGCCGACGUGAUCCCCAUGACGGAAAGCCAGGAUCAGCCUCAGGAGCUGUUUGUGCGGAUCCAGCAGUACAAUGGGAAACAGACCUUCUACCUCACCCUGCGCUACGGACGCAUCCUGGACCGAGAGCGUUUCACACAGGUGUUUGGGAUGCUGGACAAGCUCAAGUGAACGGGCAGGAGCCAGGCCUUCCGCAGGAAGCCUGAGGGUGUGGGCGGGGCUGAAGGAGGGGGUCGGGCAGCUGGAGACUUUGCUGGGGCCCCUGGGAACUUGUCUUUUGGGAUGAGGAAAUUCAUGAGGUAGAAGUGAGUAACUGGGUUUAGAAAGAGGCCCUGAGUGCAGAUUCUUAACUGCACUUGUGUGUGACAUUCAGAUAACGGCCAGAAGUUUCUGUUAAGAGCCAGUUCUUGGAGGAAGAGAUGCUAAGCUCUCUCGAACAGUUUACACUGCUGUGAAAUCAAAGACAGAGAGGUGGGGGGCGGGAGCCAGAAGACUUGGGUCUGUCCGUUUCCAAAUCCCUGUCCUGGGGCAGGUUAUCAAGUCUCUCAGAACCUUGGUUUUCACAUCUUUUUUUUUUUUUUUUUUUUAACAUGUUUAUUGGCGUGUAAUUGCUUUACAAUGGUGUGUUAGUUUCUGCUUUAUAACAAAGUGAAUCAGCUAUACAUAUUCAUGUAUCCCCAUAUCUCCUCCCUCUUGCGUCUUCCUCCCACCCUCCCUAUCGCACCCCUCUAGGUGGACACAAAGCACCGAGCUGAUCUCCCUGGGUUUUCACAUCUUAAAGUGGAAAAAUCCUCCCUGUCUCCCGGGAUGGGUGUGAGACUAAACAAUAAAUGUCAUUGUUAGUUCAGAGGUGAUGGCAUCGCAAAAGGCUUCCAGGCAAUGGGUAGGGAUUUCACCAGCCCUAUGCUGCGCCCCCUUGUGGACCCAGCGGCGGGGGGACCAGGAUGAAGCCUAGAGGUGGGUCGUUUAUUCUGCCAGCACAGUAGCUGCACAGCCACUGGGGCAAGGUUGUAAUCCGAGCAAGUUCACCGCCCAGAGGUCUAGGGGCUCUCACAUCAGAAGGCUCUGCAGUGUGAUAAAGUCAGAUGAACUAUAUGCUGGUGUGAUACUUUAUAAAAUAAAGCCAGGUAUAUGUAAUGUCCCCCGUAAUUAGCAAUAUGCUUAUUAUAUAAUUUGUAACAAAGUAAAGAGGAAAGAAGUCAUGAUCUUUGUAAUUCUACCACUCAGAAGUCAAUAACUAAAUUUUGUUUUGUGACCUUCCAGUCUUUUUAUUUCAAAUCACAGUAAAAUAUAGACAUAAAUUUAUCCUUUUAACCAUUUUAAGUGUACACUAAGUGGUAUUAAGUAUAUUUAGUGUUUUGCAACCAUCGCUUCUCUCCAUUUCCAGAACGUUUUCAUUAUCCCAACCAGAGACUCUGCACUCAUUAAAUAGUAACUCCCCAACGGCCCCUUUCUCCAGCCCUUGGCAACCACUAAUCUGCUUUCUGUGUCUAUGGAUUUGCCUAUUCUGGAUAUUUCAUGUAAAUGGAAUCAUCCACUGUGUGGCCUUUUAUGUCUGGCUUCUUUCACUUGGCAUAAUUUUGCAAGGUUUACCCAUGUUGUAGCAGGUAUCAGAACUUCAUUCCUUUUUAAUGGCGGAAUAAUAUGUAUAUAUCACAUUUUGUUUAUCCAUUCAUCUUUCGAUGGACAUUUUGAUUGUUUCCACCUUUUGGCUGUUGUGAGUAAUGCUGCUGUGAACAUUGGUGUACAAACAUCUGAGUUUCUGCUUUCAAUUCUUCUGGGUAUUUUCUGAGAAGUGGAAUUACUGGGUCAUACGGUAAUUCUAAGUUUAACUUUUUGAGGACCUGCCAAACUUUUCCAUAGUGGCUGCACCAUUUUAUAUUCCCACCAGCAAUGCAUCAGAGUUCCAAUUUAUCCACAUCUUUUUUUUUUUUUAAUAAUAGCCAUCCUGAUGGGUGUGAAGUGGUAUCUCCCUGUGCUUUCAGUGUUUACUUAAAACAUAGAUGUUAUCCUGUAUCUGAAAUUGGCUUUUUUUGCUUCAUGUUAUAACAUAAGACUACGUCAGUUACAAACAUUCAUUUAAAAUAUUCAGUCACAAGGAAGAAACCUUGUGGCUCUGUGAGAUGCGGGGUGCUAACUUACGUGGUGAUCAUUUUGUGGUAUAUACAUGUAUAAAUCAUGCUGUACACCUUAAACUAAUACCAUAUUGUAUGUCAGUUAUAUCUCAGUAAAGUUGGAAAAAAUGGGCAGCAUACCUUACAAAUAGAUAAAAACAAAAGGCCCCGAUUAUUUGAUUUUUUUUCAUUUAAAUACUUUUUAUGCAAAAAAAAAUCAGUAAUUGCAAAAUAUUCUACUGAGUGGAUGUAGCUGGUCCUAUAACCUUUCUUGUUUAAAUGAUUUCCAUUUUUCCAUUGCUAUAAAGAAUGUGAUAAAUGCCAGCUAUAUGGAGAGAUACCUUUCCUCUGUGUGGACUGCAAAUGGCAUUUUGAGAAAAGUGACUUUAUAAUGACGAUAACAUGAAAGAAGUUAGAUCUUCUUAGUUAAUUUAUUGCAUUUCACAGAAGCAAGUAAAGCAUGUGAUUCAAGACAGUUUGUUCCUGCAGGCUUCCAAAUCAGCCAGUCAUCCCAAACCUCUUCUGCUGGGUGCUGAAGGCACCACGGUUCAUAAAAGGGGAGGAUUUUGGCCUUUGUGGGACUGACAGCAUCUUGAUGGGGAGGGAGGGCGGAUGCUAAGUGCAUGUGUGUAAUUAGAAAUGGAGAGGGAUUUCCCUGGUGGUCCAGUGGUUAAGAAUCCGCCUGCCAAUGCAGGGGACACGGGUUUGAUCCCUGCACAGGGUGGGAAGAUCCCACAUGCCACGGGGCAACUGAGCCCGCGCACCACAACGAAAGAUCCCGCAUGCCGCGACCAAUACCCAACACAGCCAAUAAAUGAAUAAAUAAAUAUUAAAAAAAGAAAUGGGGAAAAGUGCAAGGAAAGAGAGGAGUGGAGUGGUCUGAGGCAGAAGAGCGGGAGGGGUGAGGUUGGGAGAAGGGCCCGGACUUUGAAGGGGACCCCAGGUGUGAGGAGGAGAGGGACGUGAGCACCGCUUGUUCAGGCUGAGGGGACACAAGCGUGCAUUGUGGACCGGAGUGGGGUGGGUGCCUUUGCUAAGGGGAGGGCCCUGAAUUUGAUCCAAAUCACUGUGGGGAGGCUUUGAAGGUCAGUGAAAGAAAGCUUGGGAGCUCUUAAGCACAAGAGGAAACAGCUUUUAAUUUGUGUUUGUUUUUAGUUAAAGAUGCAAAUGAAAGGGCAUAGACUUAUUAUGGAUUUGUCGUCGCCUCUGUUAAAUUCCUAUCGCGUGUUAAUUCCAGCCAGUCGAAGGCCAUGGUCUGGGCAGUGUGUGACUGUGUCCCUCGGAUGUUUGGGAAUGCUGGGCUCCCAUUGUCGGCUGGGGUGUAUCUGCAGGGUCUCUAGAUAGAGGGGCUGUGCGUGCCGUGGACCGUGUGACCCAGAGCCCGGUUGUGGGCCUGGGGGUUCCCGGAGAGCCGCAGAGCCACUCAGAAGUGCCGGCUCUUAGAGUAAAUGGCAUGUGGUUCCACUGACUUAAUUUUACACCAACUUUAAAAGUACAACCAGAACCUGACUGCUCUCACCUGCUCCAGCCCUGCCAUUUCGAUCCAAGCUGCCCUCAUAGCCGCUGGACUAUUGCAACCUGCUGCUUCCAUCCUUGCCCUUCUAGAGUCUGUUCUCGCAGCAGCCAAAGUGAUCCUUCCUUUCUUUCUUCCCUCCUUCCUUCCUUCCUUCCUUCCUUUCUGCCACACCUUGUGGCUUGCAGGAUCUUAGUUCCCUGACCAGGGAUCGAACCCAUGCCCCCUACAGUGGAAGCACGGAGUCCUAGCCACUGGACCACCAGGGAAGUCCUGCCAAAGUGAUCCUUUUAAAAAAGAGAAUCACAUCACUGCUGUAGAAGCUGAAGUCCUUACUGUGGCCUUACAGAGCCCAGCAUGGCCUGGCCCCGCCCCUACCCCCAGCUUUCUUCCCUCAUCCACAACUCUGCGCUGACCACUUCAGUUAGCUCUAUUUCCCUUGCUCUUCCUCCAAUAAUCAAGGACCCUGCAGCCUCAGGGCCUUUGCACUGACAGUUCCUCUGCCUAAAAGCCUUUCUCCCUAGGUAUCUACCUAGAAGUGUCUAUCUGUCUCUCUCCAGUUUCUCUCUCUGUAUAACAGGGGUGUUACUAUUUAUCCUCAAGAAGUUGUACUGAGGAUUCAAUUAUGUAGAAGACUUGAUUAUAUAAUUAUCUGUAGAGCUGCUGGUUCCCUUCCCUACCUUUGCCUCACCUGCUUGUCAGUGACUUCAAUUCCUGUGAACCUCUUCUCCCAAAGACACAGUCUGUGCCUAUAAAAUGUCUUAAGAGGGAUUAAUGAUCCGACCUUGACUUACUAAAACCAAAAAUUAACUCAAAUAGGCCUGUUGGGCUACCUGUAAGCACUUACCUGAGUGAGCUUCACCCCCUGGAGAUUCUGAUUAUGUCUGGGGUGGAUCCCCAGAAUCUGUCUCUUUGUCAGGCUUGAGGCUAAUUCUGCUAUGCAGCCAUGCUGGGAAUUUCUGAAGUAGAUGACCAGGGUGGACAACACCAGAAUGACACAUGCCUCUGUGUCCCUGGGCCAAUUUUUUUUUUUUUUCCCCCUACAGAAUAGGUUCUCCGCCUGGGCUCCAUGUGUAGAAUCACCUGGACACCUCUUAAAAAAUACUGUUGCCCAGGCCCAUGACCAGUUUCCCUAGAGGGGAUUCUCAUGCGUAGCCUGAUUUGACAAUCACUGCCCAGAAGUGUCAGCUCAGUGGGAGGUGACAGCCCCGAUUCUCACCGGCUCUGGCACGAAAGAGCCUCCACUUGGAUGCGUGGUUUGCUCACGCAGUACCAGCAGAGGGCACACAGAGCAAAUGCAUCAUUCUAUCCCUUUAUUUCCAAGCUAAAAUUACAUGUGACAAGGGAAACAGUUUAGGGUUUCUGCAGUGCACCAGCAGGGCAGUAGUACCCAGUUCCCAUGCUCCAGAUCAGCAACAACAAAAACAACAAAACUCGCCUGUGCUCAACCCUGCAGAUUCUGGUUGGGCAGAAGCUGGGCAUCUGUAUUUUGAUGCUUCCCAGGUAAUUCCAAGGCACCCCAGGUUUUGAGAAUCAUUGUGUGGGAUUGAGCCUUCCCAAGAGCCGUGCCUCUCUGAUGGUCAAGCAGCUUCUCAGAAAAUGGAAACGGUCUUUAGAUUCAGGUGGUGUGUGGAUAUAUUGGUGAUUUCCCCCUUGGAAAACAAUUCCAAAAUAAUCAUCUAAUAGAAAUACCCAAGCAUGUAUAUGAGAAUGUUCACUGAAUGUUUCUAAUAGUGAAACAAACACACAACAACAACAGGAAGUAAACUAAGUUGCCAUUAGUAGGCAACACAGUUAAAUAAGCUAUGGAAUAUUACACGCCCUUAAAAAGAGUGAGGUUGAACCAUAUCUGCUGAUGUGACAAGAAAAUCAUGGGGUAGUGUUAAGUGGAAAAAGCAAAUCAGAGAACAAUAUAGUUCUGUAUGAUCCUAUUUGUGAUUUUAAAAAACACAUUCCAAAUUUUUCACAGUGGUUAAUUCUGGGGAGAAGAUUCAGGUGGAUGAGGUAGAGGGAAAACUUCUACUUUGAACUUUAUGGCCUUCUAGUAUUGUUUAAAAUUUCCGUAACGAGCAUGUCAUCCAUCUUAACAAAUGAAGUAAAAUGCUGUAAUAAACACAAUCUCUUUUGCCGUCCUUUCCCCCUCCUGCCAGCUUUCGAGGUAAAGAGAAAAGUUUCUCAAUCAUGAAUCUCCAUUCUGGACUUGGAAGCUGGGUGGACAGUAGGAAACAGUCCUUAAAAGCAUUAGUGAUACAACCGUGUUUGUAUUUUGUAGACUGGUUUUCAUUCCCAUCUGCUGAGAACCAUCUGGACUUUGGGCACCCCACCUGCCCUGGGCUGUGUAUUACUUAGAUGCAGGAAAUGGGGUAACCUGUAGCACGUCCAUUUUCACAUGGUAGUUGCUAGGGACUGAAUGUUCAUAUCCCCUCCUAAAAUUCAUAUGUUGAACCAUAGCCCCCCAUGUGAUAGUGUUUGGAGAUGGGGCUUUUGGGAGGUGAUUGGAGUCAGAUGAGGUCAUGAGGGUGGGGCCCCCACAAUGGAAUCAGUGCCAUGUGAGGACACAAGCAGGAAGAGACCCUCACCAAGGACCCAACCCUGGACUUGCAGCCUCCAGAACCGUGAGAAAUAAAUGUUGGCUGUUUAUGCUGCCCCAUCUCUGAUAUUCUGUUAGAGCAGCCUGAGCUGAGACAGGUAGUCCUCCAGACCGUGGUGAGGUCUGCUCCAAAUGGGGACAUUCACAGUGGGCAUGGCUGGGAGCCGUUGUCCUUCCUACACCGGUUACCAGAACUGAGCCUUACCUGGUCAUAGGCCCAGAUAUCCCACCCCCAGCCCAUCAUAAAUAAGCAUGUUUAGUGCACUUCCCAGAACAGAUUUGAUGGGCUUAGCUGCUUGCAGGGGGCCAGCCUGGGGUGAGUUAGCCAAAUAACUAGGAGCUUGCCCUUGGCUGCUUUAAGAAUUCAGGACUUGUGAGUCUCCGGAUGGAAAGCCACCGGGUCCCUUUGAAACCUGGGCAGAGUCCAACUUUUAUGGCCCUGUUUUGAUCCUGCAGCAUUCAUUCAACCAUAAAAUCAUGCCUGAUGAGGGUUAAUUAGGCAGGGUUGAUACCAUCUGGCCACAUUUGUACCAACUCUAGUGACAAAACAUCUGUUUUACUGAUCAACAGUUGUAAUCUACUCUGGGAUCUGGUGGGACUUGUCCCUGUGUUGGGAAAUAGGUUUAACAUUUAGAACUAUAUGUGAGCUAGGUUCACAGAGAUCAAGUGGCAAAAGGAACCAUCGUGUAUUAAGCACCUACCAUGAGUCAGGAGAUGAUUACGUGAUUUUUUAUUUUAUUUAUUUUAUUUUUAUUUUUGGCUGUGUUGGGUCUUCGUUGCUGCGUGCGCGGGCUUUCUCUAGUUGCAGCGAGCGGGAGCUACUCUUCGUCGCAGUGCACGGGCUUCUCAUUGCGGUGGCUUCUCUUGUGGAGCACGGGCACGCAGGCUUCAGUAGUUGUGGUGCAUGGGCUUAGUUGUUCCGCGGCAUGUGGGAUCUUCCCGGACCAGAGAUCGAACCUGUGUCCCCUGCCUUGACAGGUGGAUUCUAAACCACUGCGCCACCAGGGAGGUCCCGAUUACGUGAUUUUCUUGAAUCCUUCCAGCAACUGUUGGAGUUGGAGAGCCAGAGAGAGGUCGCAGGUGUAGGGUGAAGCAUGUGGCUUGGAAGCAAGACUUCCUACCUGCUUGAACCCCAGCCCUGCGACUCCCAGGCUGUGACUGUGGGCCAGUAAUAUAAUCACUGUCUGUGCCUUGGUUUCUUCAUCUGUGAAUUAAUGAUAAUAAAAGCACCCACCGAGGGUAGUUGAAGGGGCUGACUUCCUACAUGGAAAGCACUUAAAAAUAGCGCUUGGGGCUUCCCUGGUGGCGCAGUGGUUGGGAGUCUGCCUGCUAAUGCAGGGGACACGGGUUCGGGCCCUGGUCUGGGGGGAUCCCACAUGCCGCGGAGCAGCUGGGCCCGUGGGCCACAAUUGCUGAGCCUGCGCGUCUGGAGCCUGUGCCCCGCGACGGGAGGGGCCGCGAUAGAGAAAGGCCCGCGCACCGCGAUGAAGAGCGGUCCCCGCACCGCGAUGAAGAGUGGCCCCCGCUUGCCGCAACUGGAGAAAGCCCUCGCACGAACCAAAGACCCA